AGGACCCGAUGCUGAGCUGUCCGUGAAUAUCUCCUGAUGAAAAACUCCGAAUCACUUUAAUACUCUGUUUUACUUUAAUACAGACAGUUUUUUGAUGAUUUUAGAUGGUGUGAACUGAAUCGACUGGUCUUGAGUGUACUAAACAACCAAACCAAACACGCUGGCUCAGUAUGAUAUGGGAGAAAUCGAGCUGAUCAUAUUCAUCUCUUGAUCACACAUUGUAAGUUGCUGGUGUAAUAAAUAGAUCCAUGUUAUUAAUAUUUGACAGAUAUAAUCCACUUUUGGUCCAAUAACAUAAAUCGCUAUUUUACUGGUAUUGUCCGUGAGGCUGAAAUUAAAGUCUGCUGUAACUUUAAAAAAACACUUCCUUACUUUGGAGUUUUUGUUAAUCAUUUGUUUCUGUGACCGUUCGAGCUGUAUGUUACAGAAUGAUCAUCCUGACGUCUGAAGAACUUAAACAAGCUGAAAGUGUUUUGAAGAACUUUUUUCCAGAAUCCAUCAAGGUUUAUGGCUGUAUAUUCAACAUAAACAGAGGAAAACCUCACAAUCUGGAGGUUAUUGCCAAUCUGUGGCCAGAUUUCACAGUCAUUAUUUGCAAACCGAAAGUUCAGGGCGUAAAGAAUCGAGAGGGAGAUUUUAACAUAUACAGCAUCUACUCAAAGAGCAAAGACUGCUUGAAAAGCUUUCUGGACACACCUGGUGUGAUCAAUAAAGACGCCUUCACGUUACUGGCAGGUGUUGACAUCAGGCAUUUAGGAGCAGUUCAGGAGUUUGCAGAUCAGCAUGGCAUUCCCUCCAAGGUCCAAGGAGUGAUGAACGUCUUGGUGCUGCAGGAUCAACAACAGCUGCAGUUUAAAGACAGAUACGCUGGCCUCAGCUUUGCUCCUCUCAGCACGGCUCAUGCACAUCUGGUGAACAGCACAUGGAAGUAUGGUGGAGACUGCAGCAGCUACAACUCCGUGCUGAACUACAUUUCCCAUAAUCCUUCACUGUGUGUGAUCGAGGAGGGCCAGACGGAGCCCGUCUCUUGGCUGCUCGUGUAUCAUCAUGCUGCUCUCGGUUUACUCUACACAUUACCACAACACCGAUGUAAAGGCUACGCCAGGCUACUGGUGUCCAUCAUGGCCAAACACCUCCUGGAACAAGGACACCCGGUCUACUGUUUUGUGGAAGAAGAAAACAAGCCUUCCUACAAGCUUUUCACAUCUCUAGGGUUCAAGAAUUCACCAGAUUACAGAGCUGUGUGGUUCGAGCUCAAUAAACCACAGAUCAGGGAUGAAUGAAGCAAGAAAUAAAUAUAUUAGUCACUUUAAAGGGGUCCUUUUAUGCAAAAAUCUCUUUUAAACACAGUUGUGUGGCAAAAUAGUAUAAAAAAUAAGCAGAUUCUAAUGCUAAAAAUGUAUUAAUUGUAUUUUUUAAUAAUCUCACAAGAUAAAAACAGUCUGCAGAAACAUUUUGAUUGACAUUCUCUCUUUGUACGUGUCAUCAUAGGGUGAAAGCCCCGCCCACUAGUAAUUAUCUCUCCCUCAUUAUCAUAGGACGUUAGUCUUGUUUUUAAAUCUGCCACUAUGCUGACACAUAGAUGAUCAUAGCUCCGCCCUCUUGUGAAAAAGAGCACAAUCUCAUUUGAAUUUAAAGCGACAGUCACCAAAACUCCACAAUUAGGAUCAAGCCUGAAAGGGUCCGUUUCAGAGAGUUGAGGCUGGUUUAUACUUCUGUGUGCUUUCUUUUUAGUGCUGCUCUGCAAUUACACUUCUGAAAUGUUAGCUGGCAGCAGGUUGUUAUGUUGCUGUGUCGAGUUUCUUCGUGGAUGUUUUGUAAACACUCGCUCCAUCGGGCUCGCAGCUCUCAGCCCACACUCGUCACCACUACCAAGCCGACCAAUCACAGAGCUUGCGCUACGCGUCAUUGCUAUGUGUAGUUACAUUUUCUGGGAGGUGCGCGUCGGCGUCAGCCACAGCAGGUGCUAUGCGAGUGCGCGAAGGCUGCACCGGACCAUAUGUGUGCACUUGACGCAGAAGUAUAAAUCAGCCUUUAGAAAACAUUUGUGUGGUAUUUUGAGCUGUAACUUUACUCACUCACUCACACACACACAAACACACACUUAUGUUGUAAAAAAGGGGUAUAAUAGGUCUCCUUUAAAUGUCAUUCAGGAGUUUUUAACCAGCAUUUCUUUAUUUGUAAUAUUUAAUUAAUUUAAUAAUUAUUAAAAAAUGAUCUAUACACUUAAAAUUUACAAAAUGGUUUGCAUUAUGUUAAUGUGAACCACAAUAUCCGGAGUUGAUCACAAUAUUUUA